AUGGAUCGCCUAGGCAUCUAUUUCAACAACCUUACAGACACUAUUGUCGGACGAACAACCCUCCCGGUUAUCCGCAAAUGGGGACAUCCUUGGUUCCUCCUACCUAAGACCAACGAGGCCGCUAUCGCAUUCCUCACGGAGAGCGAGAUCCGCACUCUUCAUCGUCGAUUCGGGCACCCAGCGGUCCCAAGACUUCACAACCUCCUACGGCAAGCUGGCCACAACGAUGUGACGAUAGAUAUCCUAGAGAACAUCUCGAGAUUCUGUCAUCACUGUCAAAUGCACUCUCAAGCUCCAAGACGCUUCAAAUUCACCCUAAAGGAUGACCAGGAAUUCAACUACGAAAUCGUCGCUGAUGUGCUCUACCUUGAACCCCUCAACGCCCCGUCUUGCACGUGCAAGUCCCUGUGGAAGCACAUUGACCUUCCGUUCCACCCUUGUGCAGCCUUAUUUCCGCGACGAGACGACGAUCCCUGCCCCGCUGCUGCUGCUGCGGAUGAUUCUGACAUUCCUGUUUCUGAUCCUGCGAGCGAUUCUGUUCCUGUUUCUGCCCCUGCCCCUGCCCCUGUUCCUGCUCCUAAUCCCCCGGCGCCGCGCAAGCGAGGCCGCCCCCCUGGUUCGAAGAACAAGCCAAAGACGACGUUCCUAGUCAAGAAGGAAGAAGAUGCCUACCAACUAGCCAUCAAGCUACGGGACGAAGGCAUUAUCACAACGCCAGGCACCCUUUGA